UCGUCUUCCGCCAUCUUUGCUGGACGGAGCCGUUGUUGGAGACCCGAUAGGCGCGGACAGUGCGGAACACACGGGCGACUGAGAGAAGGGAACGAGUCUCGCGGAAAUUUCGCCUACGACGGUCGUCGUCGCAGCACGAUAACAAGAUAAUUUCGCACGUCGGAGACAUGAGCUACCCGAUGUCGUCGAAUCAAUCUAGACCGAUGUCUCACGGUAACUACCAGGGUCCGGGCGACCUGCCCAUGGGUUCUGCCAAGGAACAGACCCUGAUGUGGCAGCAAAACUCUUACCUGAGUGAUUCAGGUAUUCACUCAGGCGCUGUCACUCAAGCGCCGUCUCUGUCCGGUAAAGAGGAUGAAGAGAUGGAAGGGGAUCAAUUGAUGUUCGACCUUGACCAAGGAUUCACACAGGGUUUCACACAGGAUCAAGUCGAUGAAAUGAAUCAGCAGCUGAGUCACACGCGGUCCCAGCGUGUACGCGCUGCCAUGUUCCCCGAGACGCUGGAGGAAGGUAUCGAAAUUCCUUCCACGCAAUUUGAUCCAGCACAGCCCACCGCUGUACAGCGACUGGCCGAGCCGAGUCAAAUGCUGAAGCAUGCCGUCGUAAAUUUGAUUAACUAUCAAGAUGACGCUGAUCUCGCGACGCGUGCUAUUCCAGAGUUGAUCAAGCUCUUGAAUGAUGAGGAUCAGGUGGUCGUCUCUCAGGCGGCUAUGAUGGUGCAUCAGCUGUCGAAGAAGGAAGCCUCCCGUCACGCCAUCAUGAACAGCUCGCAGAUGGUAGCUGCAUUAGUACGCGCCAUCUCCAACAGCGACGACCUGGAGUCGACGAAAGCCGCCGUUGGCACCUUGCACAAUUUAUCUCAUCACAGGCAAGGUCUGCUGGCCAUUUUCAAAAGUGGCGGCAUACCAGCUCUUGUGAAACUACUGAGCUCUCCGGUGGAAUCAGUACUUUUCUACGCCAUAACAACCCUGCAUAACUUGUUGCUUCAUCAGGACGGCUCCAAGAUGGCUGUGCGUCUUGCCGGAGGCUUGCAGAAGAUGGUCGCUUUGCUACAACGAAACAACGUCAAGUUCUUGGCCAUUGUCACCGAUUGCCUGCAGAUUUUGGCGUACGGAAAUCAGGAGAGCAAAUUGAUCAUCCUCGCUUCGCAAGGCCCGAUAGAGCUGGUGCGCAUCAUGCGCUCAUACGACUACGAAAAACUGUUGUGGACAACUUCGAGAGUAUUAAAAGUACUGUCCGUGUGUCCCAGUAACAAACCCGCAAUCGUGGAAGCGGGUGGUAUGCAGGCACUCGCCAUGCAUCUCGGAAAUCCGAGUCAGAGAUUAGUGCAAAACUGUCUGUGGACAUUGCGCAAUCUGUCGGAUGCUGGCACGAAAGUCGACGGACUCGAAGUCCUACUGCAGAGUCUCGUGCAAGUGCUCGGGUCAACGGACGUGAACGUGGUCACAUGCGCCGCUGGCAUUUUGUCAAAUCUUACUUGCAACAAUCAGCGGAAUAAAGUGACUGUCUGUCAAGUCGGCGGUGUUGAUGCCCUUGUUCGCACAAUCAUCAACGCCGGCGAUCGGGAGGAGAUCACUGAACCAGCGGUGUGCGCCUUGCGCCACUUGACUUCGCGUCACGGAGAAGCAGAAAUGGCGCAGAAUUCUGUUCGACUAAAUUACGGAAUACAAGUAAUAGUGAAAUUGCUCCAUCCUCCGUCGCGCUGGCCAUUGGUGAAAGCGGUCAUUGGAUUGAUCCGCAAUUUGGCCCUCUGCCCGGCGAAUCACAUCCCGCUACGCGACCAUGGCGCGAUACAUCAUCUAGUGAGACUUCUGAUGCGCGCAUUCCAGGAUACACAGCGACAACGAUCAUCCGUGGCUAGUACCGGAAGCCAACAGACUUCGGGUGCGUAUGCGGACGGAGUGCGUAUGGAGGAGAUUGUGGAAGGCUCAGUGGGUGCGCUUCAUAUUCUGGCGAGGGAGUCCCACAAUAGGGUGAUCAUCCGAUCGCAGAACGUGAUUCCAAUCUUCGUUCAAUUACUGUUCAAUGAAAUUGAGAACAUCCAACGUGUGGCUGCCGGUGUACUCUGCGAAUUAGCGGCUGACAAGGAGGGUGCUGAGAUGAUCGAACAAGAGGGUGCUACCGCCCCGUUGACAGAGUUGCUUCACUCCAGGAACGAGGGUGUCGCAACCUACGCGGCGGCCGUGUUGUUUCGCAUGAGCGAAGACAAGCCGCAGGAGUACAAAAAACGACUGUCCAUGGAGCUCACAAAUUCCUUGUUCCGCGAAGACACCAACAAUUUGUGGAACAAUGCUGACUUUAGCAUGCCACCAGAUCUGCAGGACAUGCUUGGCCCUGAUCAAGGCUAUGAUGGUAUGUAUGGGCAAGGACCUCCUAGCGUACACAGCAGCCAUGGCGGUCGAGGUUAUCAACCGCAAGGUUAUGACCAGAUACCAGUAGACUCGAUGCAAGGCUUAGAGAUAGGUGGUGGAUCCACGUAUGGUGCAAUGGACACUAUGGACGUGGCGCACGAGGGUGAUCUAAGUUUCGAUCAUCUGGAAGAGCUUCCCGCACCGCCGCAGGAUAACAACCAGGUAGCGGCCUGGUACGAUACCGAUCUCUAAAUCCGUGCCAUCACCUUGCAUAAAGAGAGAGAGAGAGAGAGAGAACGGAUAAAGAAAAUGACAAAAAAAAAUACAAAAUAAAAAUAUUAAAAAUGAAAUAAAAAGGAAAGAAUACUGACCAAUCACACCACGUUCGUUUUUAGACUGUUUUAUUUACAAGACUCACUUUCGACAUGACGUAGUACCGAUCGAAGACUAUCGCAAUUUGACCGCCUUUCGCCCGCGAACGCGGUCGCCUUCGGAUAUAAACGAUCGUAUAGUGCUAUAGUUAACAUCUUCCUGUAGAGUCCACCUUCGCUUCCGAUAAACGAAGAGUGGAGACAUUCGCUAAGGGCCGUUGCGUGUGCAAAGAUUUUAAUCGUAACCGUAACCGUAGUAUUCGCAAGUGAAAUCAGCACAAGCAAAUUCCAAUUAUCAAUCAAAUUCGACUGUUUUCGAUCCAAGAUUUACGAUUCAAGGAUAACCGAGUGCGGUUGGUCGCUUUGCUUACUGCUUUUACGGUUAUGACUGACACUUUUUCACGCGCAACGGCCUUCGCUCAUAUCGACCCAAGAAAAGUAUCGCCUAAUAUGAGAUCACUCACCCGUGCAUACAAGUAUUAUGUCACGCGAUUCUGUUGGCGGCUCUGAUUUUUCAAUUGCGCUGCGAAAAAGAGCGACGACCUAUUUAUAUCACUCUCUCCCCCCUCCCACCGCCCCUGCGCCCCCGAGAAAAAUCCGGUAGUGUCAUUUCAAAGUAUUGAUGACUUAACAAUCACGUAUAAGUAUAACUAUGGAAUAACGAUGAAACUUUCGUAUUAUGUAUUUUACAGGGUAGUUAUACUUAAUUUUUAUUAUCAUUAUUAAAAGUAGCUACGCAAUCGGAACGACAGUCGGCAUCGCGCGAUGCACCGUAUGCGCUUCCGAUCGCAAUCGAUGUAUUAGAAUUAAGAAAAAGACACUCGUAAUUCGUACACACAUGUAUAUGUAUCGUUUAUUGUCCAUACGAAUAAACUAAACCAGGCCUCGGCAAGAAAUGCAAUUUUCGACUAGAUUUCGGAGUGUACACCCACUUUCCCUCCUUUUGUCACGCGCGACAUAGUAACCGAGCGCUUAACUGAGGCUCGCAAUUCUCUGCGUCAAGAGAGCCAAACCAUGAAUACAAUCAGCAUAUCCUCUUUCACAUCAAAAAUAAGUAUCUCGCGUCAAAUUUACACGCAAUGGAAUCGAGCUAUGUAUAACAUAGGAUUGUGGAUAUAUAUAUAUAUAUUAUAACUUUUCCGCAAUCGUAUCAUUUAUACAUCAUUGAUAUGGUAGAGUGUCCUAUCUCAUUUUAUUCAUCGUUUAACGCAGCAUCACGAGCUUCGAUUACGCGUUCGAUUGCUAUGUCGCGGGCGGAAAGAAGAGGAAAACGGGUGUUCCCUCUGAAAUCUAGUCGAAAGUUGCAUUUUUUACCGAGGCCUGAACUAAACGAUCAAGUCGA